CUCUGUCAAAUUCAUUGCCACGAGAAGACGCCCCCGCAGAUUUUGUUUAUUUUCAUUUGAUUUUUGACUGAAAUCAUGCCCAAAACUUUGAAAAGUGGUGAAAGAAUGAUGGUGUUAAAGGUGAAGACAUUUUGUGAACGUGAAAAACGUCAUAAUGCCCCAUUAAUUCCUUUAAGAUGUGUUCAGGCUCGUGUCGCCGCCAUGACAGGUAUAUCCGAAAAAACCGUGUCUAAAGUCACCAAAGAAGGUGAGGUCGCAGCCAGCACUUCGACCAAGCUGAUAUGGAGUGUUUUAAAAAGACGAAUUGCUGAAAAAAAGCUAGGUCAGGAAGCAAAUAAAAUCGUCCAAAUCACAGAAGAAGCAUUUGCAACGAUCACCGAAGUAGAAUGGAAAAAAGAAUGUGAGCACGUGAAAAAAUUGGAAGAAAAAUAUUACGCUGAUGGCCAAGUUAUUGACAGCGAGAUGGACAAGUUCAUAAUUGAAGUGGGAGACGAUAGCGACACUUCUGAUGACGAAGAUGAUAUGGAAGAUGAAGAUGACGACGAUCUCUUGGGUAUAAGUCCGUUAGAUGAGCAUCUUUUGCCUGAUCAUAAUUUUAAUAAAAAUUAUUAAAUUA